CUCGCCAUGUUUGUCUCGGCUAGCCCUAAAUUCGAGUGAGCUGCUCUCCCGUCGACACGUGUCGCCGAAACUCGGGCUUAUGUUGGCGAGGGAAUAUAAAAGCAGCGGAGGAGGAAAAAAGGACAGAAUGACAAACAAGGAAAGCUAGAAACGGAUGGUGAUUGUUGUUGUCAAUCACCGAGCCUGCUGCUGCUGUAUUCUGCGAUGGAUCAGGCUGUAAUGGACAUGGACGAGCUGGGGGAUUUGAACCCUGAGGAACUGGUGGCGUUGCAGGGGCUUCUGGAAUUGAGCAGGGUUAAUAAUGGCGGACAUUUUGCGUCUUGGGGACGCAGGCAACGACGCUCCAGAGUCGCGUAUUCGACCUGCAACUAUGAAGAUGAACAUGCGCCGCCGCCGCCGGCCGCAGUGGCGGUGGCGGCUGGUGAAAAGCCGGCGCAGGGGAGCCCUACUACGCCGCUCAGGUGGAGCGGAAAUGAGAGGCUCUCGGUUUCGGCCUCGGCCCCUGCGUCUACCAGUAGUGACAGUGCAGCUGGUCCACGUCCAUGCGACCGCCCGCUGGGGCCCAAGCUCAAAUUCAAGGUGGAGAGAAAAUUAGGAGUCCACAAAUCCUCAAAUGGAAAAGGCCCUAAGAAAAAGACACUUGGAGAGCUGAAGGAAUUGUUUAUUGGACUUUCAUCAGAAAAGGAAGAGAUGGAAAAGGAAAAGGAGAAGCUAUUCAACAGAUUUCAGUCAUUGAGGGAUCAGAAUAUGCUAUUGAAGCAGGAGUUAGCAUUGAAGUUGGGCACAAAAGGACAACACCAACUUCCUACACAGUCUCCAACAGUUUCUUCAGACUUGCAAUCAUUAAAAGUGUCAACAGAAGCUGAUGCAUUAGAGUCUUCAAAGAAUCUUGUGAAGAAUUCAUCUUCAGCUGAAGCAAUGGGUUGGUAUUCAAGUGCUGAAGGGAUUUUGCAUUCUAAUGGCAUAAGUUGGACUGGUAAAUCUCUUCGACAAGAUUCAUUAGCCCCCACGAUGUCUUCAUCACAUGCUUUUGUUCUUCCAGAUUUAAACAUGCCUGCAGAAGAUGUUGAAGAUUUGUCUGACAAUCAAGUAGUUCAGACAAAUAGCAAAGCCAUAGUUGCAGCUGAGGCAAGGAAAUAUAGAAUGGAAUGCCUUAGAUUGAAACAUUCCCAGUCUGUGAAAGCUCACAUAAGAUGAUACUGACAAUGACAAUGAUUUGACAUGUACUUAAUGAAACUGACAAGUAUAACUGGUGUUGGGCAAGAACCAGCAAUUGUAAAUAUGUUCUUUCUCUUCGCCAUUGAAGAGUAUUUUGUUAGAGCCCAAUUAUCACUUCCUAAAUUAGGCAAAUUUAAUUAUUUUUUCUAGAGGAUUUCACUAUCCAGCAGAAUAAGCGUUGAGGAAUGUAGAUGAGUAAAUCAAGAAUAUUGAAAAUGUAAUUCUUUGUAGUCACGAAUCUUUUCUCAGGGUUUUCUAAAUUGAGCUAGCUGUAAAAUUAUGGCUAUUUGAACAUUA